AUGAACUCGUCUCCGCCUCAGACAGUGUCAGAGCCGAUCUAUCUCCCACCGCCCCCAGCGCCAGCAGUCGCUCCUCAAGGGCCCACACAGCUCGCGAGGACCGACUCUGCGACGAGCUUUUCGUCAGAGGAGGACGCGUCGAUGAGCCCGAGUCCUGUGGCUGUCAUGAACAGCGCGCGGCGCACUCGUAAACGGUUCACGAACACCCAGCUCACAAUGCUCGAGAAUCUCUUCCACCUCAAUUCACACCCGUCGCGCGAGGAUCGCGAGGCGGUCGCCAGAGACGGCGGCAUGGAGACCAAAUCUGUGACGAUCUGGUUCCAGAAUAAACGGCAGACGGAGCGCAAGACAGCUGCGUCGAACAACAAUAACAACAACAACAACGGUGCGAACGGGGGCAGCUCACACGGCGCCACGUCGCACGCCGUGCCCAACAUCACCAGCACCAUCCACACAUUCAGCCUGCACGGCGAGGGCGCACACGGGCAGGGGCCCUCCUCCCGCACCGCCUCGCCGCCAUUCAGCAUCAGCAGCCGCAGCAGCAUAACCUCGGCGUCGAUAUGCACCGCAACGACCACAGCCUACUCGUCCUCGCGGCCGUCGCUCGACCGCGUCGCCUCGCGCUCGGAGCUGCGCGCAGCGGCCCCGCGCACGCCGUCCCGCCGCCCCGCCCACCCAGGCACAGGCGCGAUAUGGGACAACAUGCCCUCGUCCCCGCUCGCGCCGCCCAUCAGCCCGCCUGCCCGCGAGUUUAUCGAUUUUGGCAAAAAUGCGCGCACGCGCCGCACGCUUGAGUGGGCGUGUGCGGCUGCGAGGCUGGUGGAUAAGGAUGGGUAUGCGAGUGGGAUGAGCGCUGGGUUUGGUGCGGGCGGGGGUAGCGGGGGCAUGUAUGCGUCGUCUUCGGCGCCUGCUGCGCCGGUUAGGCCACGUGCAAGGACGGUGUCGAGGGAGAAGAUGCGUGUAAGGGCGGGCCCAAGCCAACACCACCAGUCGCACUAUUCGUACUCUCGGGAUCCUAAUGGUGCUGCCUCAGAUAGCAUCUCCAGCUCGCGCAGCCGCGAGCGGGACACAUACGCUCCCGCGCACACGCACUCGUACGUGCGUUCGCGCGAUACGGAUAUGGAUCUCACGGACGAGGAGGACCACGAGGCGAUCACGCCGCCGAGCACUUGGGGGAAGGAUGACAGGCGAUGGACGCCCGCUGGCGCCGGCGAGGGCAGGCCGACGAGUCUGCUGGCGAUGACGGAGGCGGCGAAGGGCGGGAUGUCGCCGAGGGAUAUUCGGGCGCGGGUGGAUGAUGAUGAUAUGUUCAGGGCGGCGCUUGCGCUGUGUGGGCUUGGGCGGAGGACGUAA